GAGAGCGAAUACGAGAAGUCGCGAAGGGAGGGGGUAGAAGAACACUGAAGAAAGGAAUGGGAGAAAGUUUCCCUCCACAAUGGGUGAAGGAAAUACCAGAAACUCUUCACCCCACCCCACCCUAUAAAUAUCCUCUACACUCUCCUCUAACCUUGCAUUUUAGAUCGAAAGGCAUUCGAAUAGCGUUCAGAGAAAACCCUCGUUUGUUACUCCAGGCAAUCGGUUUCGUUCUUGAUUCUUCCUUUCUUCUUUGAUCUGUCGAGAUCAUCUGCAAUGGCGGAUGUCCACACAGGAGAAGCGCAGACCUUCGCCUUCCAGGCGGAGAUCAACCAGCUUCUUAGCCUGAUCAUCAACACCUUCUACAGCAACAAGGAGAUUUUCCUUCGAGAACUCAUCAGCAAUUCCUCGGAUGCAUUGGACAAGAUCCGGUUCCAAAGUCUGACUGACAAUAGCAAGCUUGAUGCGCAACCAGAGUUUUUCAUUAGGCUUGUUUCUGACAAGGCUAACAAGACGGUUUCUAUUAUCGACAGCGGCAUUGGCAUGACCAAAACAGAUUUGGUGAACAAUUUGGGAACAAUUGCAAGGUCUGGAACCAAGGAAUUCAUGGAGGCAUUACAGUCUGGAGUUGAUUUGAGUAUGACCGGUCAAUUUGGAGUUGGAUUCUACUCGUCCUACCUCGUUGCGGAUAAAGUUAUUGUGACUUCGAAGCACAAUGACGAUGAACAAUAUAUUUGGGAGUCUCAAGCAGGUGGUUCCUUCAAUGUGACGAGGGAUGUCAAUGGAGAUCCACUUGGCAGAGGAACCAAAAUCAACCUCUUCCUCAAGGACGACCAGCUGGAGUACCUGGAAGAGAGAAAAUUGAAUGAUCUCGUGAAGAAGCACUCCGGGUUCAUCAGCUAUCCUAUCUACCUCUGGACGGAAAAGACAACAGAGAAGUAUGUUACUGAUGAUGAAGACGAUGAAAUCAAGAAAGAAGAGGAAGGUGAUGUCGAGGUCGUAAAUGAAGAGAAGGACCGCAAGUCCAACAAGAAGAAGAAGAAGGUUAAGGAGGUGUCUCACGAGUGGCAACUCAUUAACAAGCAGAAGCCUAUCUGGAUGCGCAAGCCAGAGGAGAUCACCAAGGAAGAGUAG